UGUAGAAAAAGAGGAAAAGCACUUAGUUUCUCUGUCCAAGUAUCCCAUCGAAAUAUCUCGAUUCCCGGAUAAGAAAGAGAGAGAAAGCCAUGUCUUUUAUACCCCGUCCCCCUGACAUCACAAGGAAAACAUCUUUCUCGGGCAUCGUCUCCGCCGUGACCAUGGCUCAGCCCUCCAACUAUCCACCCUUAUCCAACCCCGUCGUCGUCGUCGGACCUCAAUUCUGUGCUCCUUACCCUGUAGAUCUUACCAUCAUAAGGAAGGUUUUAUCCCUUGGUGAAGGUAAUUUCGCCGUCGCCGACGUUAACGGUAACAUCGUCUUCAAAGUUAAGGAUACCCUUUUAAGUCUUCGUGAUCGUCGUGUUCUUGUCGACGCCAAUGGAAAUCCCCUCCUCUCUAUGCAGCAAAAGAUACUGAGUGCUCAUAGGAGGUGGCAAGUGUUCAGGGGAGAUAGCUCGGACUCGAAAGAUCUAUUAUUUAGUGCGAGGAAGUCUUCUAUGAUCCAAUUUAAGACGGAACUGGAUGUGUUCUUGGCCGCUAAUACCAAGGAGGAAGUUUGUGAUUUCAAGAUUAAAGGGAGUUGGUUGGAGAGAUCUUGCACGAUCUAUGUCGGAGACUCGUUUAACGUGAUCGCCCAAAUGCAUAAGAAACAUACUGUUCAAAGCAUUGUGUUAGGGAAGGAUACUUUCACGGUGACUGCGUACCCUAACGUCGAUUAUGCGUUCAUCGUUUCCCUCGUCGUCAUUCUAAACGAGAUCAACGAGGAUAGGGACGGAAGCGAUUGAGACAGAGAGAAGUAAUUUCCUGCUUGUACCCCAAAAAAAAAAAAAAAAAAAAAUUCCUGCUUUGUUUUUUGUUUUUUUGUAAUUUUUGUUCAGAUUUAAUAUAUUUCCAUGUGUUUUUGUUUUGGAUA